CCUCCGACAGGGAUGCAACCUGGCCCCGCUGCUGUUCAACUUGUUUUGCCGCGUUGCUCAUGGUUGCCGUGGCUGAGUUCGACAAGGACCCCAAGGUGACGGCGGACAUGGUCAAGAUCGGGACACAAGUGGAGUACACGGGCAAGAAGGGCAGGUCGGCGGGGAAGAAGACGACGGUGGUGACGGACGCGGAGGCCUUGUGGGCCAUGCUCUACGCUGACGACGCGGCCAUCGUCUCGCGCUCGCCGGAGAGUCUCGAGAAGAUGAUGUCGGUCAUCGUGCGCGUGGCCGGCCUGUUCGGACUGAUGGUAUCGGAGCCAAAGACGGAGAUCAUGUGCAUGCUGCCGAAAGGGAUCGAGGAACGCCCGUUCACGGUCAGCGCCGCCGGCCAGACGUACAAGCAGACAGAUCGGUUUGUGUACCUCGGACGUACCAUCUCCGCGGACGGGAAGGCCGACCGGGAGAUCACGAGCCGCAGCUGCCGAGCGUGGAAGUGCUACCGCCGGAACAGUGCUUCGAUGUACGACAGGCGACGGGCCGACCGCCAGCUCAAGAUCCGGCUUCUCCAGGCUGAAGUGGUGGAGACUCUCCUGUAUGGGUGCGCCUCGUGGAGCCUAACAGCGGAGCACUACACGAAGCUCAAUCAAUGGGACCCACCGCCAGUUCCUCACACAUUGCAUCGGCUGGAGCAAGCGGAAACGCUCAGACCGCCCCCUGUCCUAUGCCCAGGCCCUCAUCCAGGCAGGCUGCGAGGAAACCAUCGAGGCCACCGUGCGCAAACGGAGACUGUGCGCAUGCUGUUAGGAGCGAUGGCGGGGGGCGUGGGAUACCGGGGCGGGCAGGAGAGCGACUGGGUGUCUCGUCUAGGAGAGGACCUCGUGGCCUUCAACAUGGGAGACGAAAAGGAAGGGGGGAAAUGGAAAGAGAGCGCCAAGGACUCGGAGGUGUGGUACAACAAGGUCGAGGACGGGGCGGCAUGGUUCAUGAGGAAAUGGCACAGGCAGGAGGCGGAAGCGUCCGCGAAGCGCCAGCGCGCGAGGGAAGCAGAAGAAGAAGCAGAGAGUACGACCAUCUCAGGACCGAAGAGAAAGAGAAGAACCGGCGAAGCGGCGGUGGGGGGGAAGAAACGGCGACCGGGCACUGCUGUAGAAGCGAGU